CUUCACUCUUUCAGAUUCUCGUUGAAACCGAAAAAAUUGCACUUGCAGGGGUUUAUCCAGAGCUAGCACUCGACAGUCAAAUCUAUAGUUGACUCUUCAGUCUACAGAAACUGCUCCACUGUUAAGUUCUCUCAAGUGGGCAUGGAUUAAAUGAUGUUCAGUAUCUUGAGGGCAUAAAAAAGGUGACAACUUGAAGUGCCCUUCAAAGUGAUUUGAUACUCCACCCAGCUGGAACGUGUUCAAAGUAGUCAGAAGAACUUCAGAUUCAGAUGGCUCAAUUACUAUCAUCUUCUUGCUCCUUGACUAUCUCCGCUAGAAAUAAACCUUAUUUAAAACCUUUCAACCAAUGUUCAACAUCAUUUUCUAACUUGGUUGCUUGCAAUAAUUCCAGACCUCUAUUUAAAAGGCUUUUCAUGCAAGAACAAAAGCCAAGAAAAAGUUUUGUAGUAGUACGUGCUGCUGCAGUUUCAACUAGCCAGGAAGCCCCAGUUCAAACUAGCUCUGGUGACCCUUUUAAACCACAGCGAGUCAUGGUCAUCGGUGGAGAUGGAUACUGUGGUUGGGCAACUGCCCUCCAUCUUUCUAACAAGGGUUAUGAGGUUGCCAUUGUUGACAGCCUCGUUCGACGCCUUUUUGAUCACCAGCUUGGACUGGAUUCUCUAACACCAAUUUCCUCCAUCCAGAAUCGGCUUCAAUGUUGGAAAUCUCUCACUGGAAAAAGUAUUGAGCUCUACAUUGGUGACAUAUGUGACUUUGAGUUCUUAUCUGAAACCUUCAAGUCAUUUGAACCUGAUGCUGUUGUCCAUUUUGGGGAACAGCGAUCUGCUCCUUACUCUAUGAUAGAUCGACCAAGAGCUGUGUAUACACAGCAAAACAAUGUAAUUGGGACACUGAAUGUGCUCUUUGCUAUAAAAGAGUUCAGAGAGCAGUGUCAUCUAGUUAAGCUUGGGACUAUGGGUGAAUAUGGGACACCAAAUAUUGAUAUUGAGGAAGGUUAUAUUACCAUUACUCACAAUGGAAGGACAGACACUUUGCCAUAUCCCAAGCAAGCUAGCUCAUUCUAUCAUCUAAGCAAGGUACAUGAUUCACAUAACAUAGCCUUCACUUGCAAAGCUUGGGGGAUUCGAGCAACUGAUCUGAAUCAAGGAGUUGUAUAUGGGGUAAGAACAGAUGAGACUGCAAUGCAUGAAGAGCUGUGUAACAGGUUUGAUUAUGAUGGAAUAUUUGGAACUGCAUUGAAUCGGUUCUGUGUUCAGGCUGCUGUUGAUCAUCCACUUACUGUAUAUGGGAAAGGAGGCCAGACUAGGGGCUUCCUUGACAUAAGAGAUACAGUUCAAUGUGUUGAGAUCGCCAUUGCAAACCCUGCAAAGCCUGGGGAGUUCCGAGUCUUCAAUCAAUUUACUGAGCAGUUUUCAGUCAAUGAACUUGCCACCCUUGUUACAAAAGCUGGUGAGAAGCUGGGCCUUGAUGUGAAAACUAUAUCUGUGCCUAACCCAAGAGUGGAGUUAGAGGAGCAUUACUACAAUUGCAAGAACACUAAACUAGUUGAGCUGGGACUGAGGCCACACCUUCUAUCAGAUUCUCUCAUUGAUUCACUGCUCAACUUUGCUAUUCAGUACAAAGAUCGUGUUGACACAAAACAAAUUAUGCCUAGUGUUUCUUGGAAAAAAAUUGGGGUCAAAACAAAAACUGUUCCAGCCUAAUAAGGUGAGUUCUUGGCUUCUAGCAUAACUGUAUAAUGAUGAUGACUCUUCUGGUGAUUAGGUUAUGCUGCAUUGCCGUGAAUAUUGUGAAAUUACUGUAUUUUAGGAUUUGUAUGCUGCAACAUGGGGAAUAAUUCAUAUUUAUGAAUUCUUCAUACCCUUACUGUUGUACAGUAGAUAUUUGUGCUUCAGUGGGCUUUUCCACAAAGAGCCAUAUGCGUACCUAGUACUGCACUUGUGCUUACUGUUGAGUAUUUUGUAUCUGUCAAACAGACAACUAAUGAUGUUAAUUUAUUUUUUAUUUCUUUUUAAUACAUC